CGGGGGAAAGAGCGGGAAGAGCAAUCACUUCAAUCGCUGCCUGAGGCAGUCUGCCGGUUAAUUUGAUAAUAACGGCAAUUGCCGGCGGAAUGAGCGGCGUGGGAAAAAGCGGUACGACCAAUUAAUUAAUUGUAUCGCCACGUGGCAGUAACGUGCCGGCUGAUUUGAUUAGGAUAAUUACCGGCGGAACGAGCGGCGGCGGGGAGAAGAGCAGAAAGAGCAUUGAGUUCAAUCGCCACGUGGCAGCAAGGGAGAGACCAAAGAGACCGGAACGAGACGCGGCGGGUGAAAAACCGAAGAGCCUGCCGGUUGAUUGGAUUAGGGUAAUUACCGGCGGAAUGCGCGGCGGCCGCAGGGGGAAGGAGCAGGAAGAUGUGAGGGAACUGGUGUCCGUUGAUUGAAAAUUGGCGUGAAUGAUAAAGCUUGAGUUGUUGCCGUUCGACGUGGAGCGUCCGAUGGACUCAGACAACAGCGUCUGAUCAGGCCGCUGACCGACUGACACUGACCUGCGGACAGACGCUGAGUGCAGGUCAUGUCAGUCGGGGGGGGGGAGGGGGGGCGUUGACACGUGGAUGCCAAUCAUUCGUCAGCGGAGUCGUCGAUCUGAUUGCCUGCUCUUUGUCGUUUUGUAUAUCAAUCAGAUCCCCCCCUUAUCUACACUCAGAGACCGGGGAAAUCUGCGUACCCUGCUGCACUGCGUGUCUUCUCGUACUGCGGCCGUCGGUCCACGUCGACUGGUAGGCGUCAUGAAAGCUGGUACGCAGCAAAGCCGUCGUCGACUAAGUCCCAAGGGGAAGCCGACAAUAUUACAGUAGUACGGACGGAAUAUGUGUAGCACAAGUUAAAUCACGGAACUCAUUUUUCGAAAGGCAGGAAAGUCAUCCCAUCGGCUUGUUGCGCAUACCGAACGGUGUCACAAGAGUGAAUCAAUCGGAGGAAGAAGGAUUGGAAAAAGGAAGAGAGAAAAAAAAAGGCGGGAAGGGAUGGGUAGUCGACGGAGGGGUGAGAGUGGGACCGGGAGGGUGCAAGGGGGGGGGACCUACGGGGGGUGCUUCUUCUUCCUCCUCUCUUUGGUCGGCAUUGUGGGAUUGAUCGGUGGGGAAUUGAAGGGGGUUGAGGGGUUUGGCGCGCAGUACGGGCUCGAAUCGUCAUUAUUCCAGGCAGAUACGGAUCCUUUCGGUGAGACGGACAGCUUCGAAUCCCUACCGGAGAAAGAGAAGCAAAGAUGGGCGAGGAAAUCAAUGGCCACCGUGGAUGACAAGCAGAUGGGACUAGAUCAACUUCCAGUGAACUUCCACGUCGAGAUCAAACUCGUUGGGUUCAAUGGUGAGGGAAGGCAUCCCGUCAAAGUCAGAGAGGCUGACUUGGACAAGUACCUGCGCUCGCUGAGAUUGCACGAGUACAUAACUGUUAUCCAGGGCUCUGUUCAUUCACUUCAUGUCAAGACCAACUUGAUUUUCCAGGUGGUAAAGGGUGCCAAGGAACUGACAACUGAAAUUGAGGAUGCUGUGCGUGCAGCAGUUACCAGAGUUGGAGGCAGUGGAGCACACUCAGUUGCGCAAAUUCACUACUCGACGGUCGAAAAUAUCAUUCAACGGGACGUCGAUCUCAACCGUCCAGUGUUCUCGAUUUACCUCUUGAACCUUCCGCAACAGGGUUAUAGUUAUGCCUAUUAUUACACCAAGGAGGCUGCAACUGCAACGACUUGCAUGGGAGCUCAUUGGAUGGGAAAGGGACGAUAUCUUUGGAUUGAUCUCUCAGCUGGACCUCCUCUAUAUGGGCCACGCCUUGCAGGGGAUGGCUUUGUCGGUGAAGGAACAAUUCCACGGGUGGUUGAGUACCCAGUGUCACAUCAUUCCACGGCUCUUUUGGCAGAUCUUGCAGCCUUAGUGGGAAAGGCAGCCAUGCAUCUGUUCAAUCCGUCAAUCUAUCGUGACAAUGUUCAUUUCAGGAAAAACAUGGAGAUCCGGCUGUUCCAAAUUGUGGUUGGUCACAGCAAUCCGGACGAAGAGAAACUGGAUUGGUCUGCUGUUCAGGAAGAGACCUUUACAAAUAAUAUGCUCCAUUCGUCCCAGGGGCUAUUGAUGGAGGACUACUUAGAUUCGAAGGAGCUUCAUCAUUGGCUAUCUGACUAUUCGUCAGAUAUUCAGCAGGAGAUACGUAAUCUUCAGGACGAGCAGGACAUGAGGCACGGCGAGGAUCUACAUGGAGAUAAUUCUGCGGUAAUCGUCCCAAUUUUCCUAUUUGACAUUGAGACUGACCAAGCCCUUCUUCUCGAUCAAGAGCACCAGUUUAAUUGGAACGGAGCUGAAGAGGCUUUCCAGAAAAAUAAACGACAACUUGUACCAAUUGGUUGUAACGCUGAUGAACAAGUGGUCCAAAUCAGCCAAAAGGGGGUCACACGCGCAGUGAUUGCAGCAACUGUGCAGACCCUGUGGGGAGUUGCACCUCUCCAUCAGAGAUGGGAUCCGAUCCACAACACGACAAAGGUGGACUACCUGUGGUCAGUCGGUAAUACUCCGUUUGGAAAGCUGUCAAAGUUGCAUACACUCUCCUUUGUCCAGCGAGUGGCUGCUCAUCGCAACCUCAUUGUCACUGUACUAAAUCAGCACAUUGGAGAAGCUCGCCGUUUGCUCACCGCUAUUGAGAAAUAUGGUGGAGAGCAUGUCCUACUGCAUCAGGAGAAACAUGUGCAGUUUACUCAGAGAUGGAAUGUGUUCUUUCACAAGGUCUCGAGAUGCACACAGCUGCUGUCAAAUUUUGAAUUCAAUCAUGCCUUCUACUUUGCUCAGUCUGCAGAACAUGACAUCCAAGCUCUGGAGGGCAUUGUGCGGCAGGCUGCAGACUCACUCGAGACGACACUGGAUUGCUUCAAGGAUGCUCCGAUAUCAUACUGGAAGUACUUGCGCAUUCUUGCUCUUCUGAUCGUGCUGGUUUUCGUAGAACGGAAAGUGCGCAAGAAGUUUUUCUCCAAGUCAAAACACAAGAGGUUCUAAGUUUUAACAAAUUUUAACGGAAUUGUGAUCUGUGAGGAAAAUGCGUUUGCGGAGUUACUGCGGGAAAAAAAUGAUGUGGCUUACGUGAGGGGAGAUGAGGGAUAGUCGUUGGAAGCUCAGGGGCAGGAAGUCCUGGUCUAGGGAGAAGUAGACAGGAAGCUGCAGGGUGCUUGUUAUGGUCGGAGGCGCUUGAGAAAACAGACAGCCGAGAGCCGGUGGUGUCUGUUCAUGCCAUAAUGUUUGUUUUGCUCCGGUGGUGCGUGGCUUGAGAAGUUGAAAAAAAAAGGGCAUAAUGUGCCUUGAGAAGUGGUACAGGAUGUUCUCCAGGAAUAUUUCCUGUGCACCUUGUGUCUUCGAGAAGUGGUGCAGGAUUGGUUCCAGGGAACACUUGUUGCACCAUGUGCCUUGAGAACUGGCAAAGGAAGGGCCGCGAAGGAGGGUUCUCUGUGCACCAUGUGCCUUGAGGAGUGGUGUGGGAAUGCAAACUCGCUUCAGAAGUGGUACGGGAUUGGUUCCAAGGAUUGGCUUUGAGAACUGGCAAAAGACGGAAGACGGCAUGCCGAGGAGGGUUCUCUGUGCACCAUUCGCCUGGAGAAGUGGUGGUACAGGAUUGGUUCCAGGAAUGGUGCAGGAUUGGAUCCACCGAAUCGAUGCACCGCCUGCACCAUGCGCCUUGAGAUGUGGUGGUACAGGAUUGGAUCCACGGAACCGAUGCACCGCCGUUGGGUUCGAGAAGUGGCAGAGAAAAGUUUCUAGCUUUCAGAGAAUACUACUUCUGGACCACACAGUGAUAGAAAAGUGCUAUAGCAUUGGUUCCUAGGAAUACUCCCUGUGCGCCAUAUAGCUUGAAAUGUGGUAUAGGAUUGGUUCCAAGGAAUUCUUUCUGUGAACCAGGUGGUUUGAGAAGCGGUGCACGAGUGGUUCCAAGAAAUAUGACUCCCUUGGAGGGAGUGCAGCAGUGCUGGGACAGUUGUCAUUUCCUGAAAAAAGGACCGACGGACUAAAUUAACACUUAGGAGAUUUGACCACGGAAGAGGUGGGGCACAGCUUAUCUCCACUAAUAGGGAGAGAGAGAGAGAGAGAGAGAGAGAGGGAUUGUGUUACAUCCAUCCAGAAUAAUUGUGCAAAGAGUUGUAUUCAGUUUGUGCCCAAUGGGAAGUACCUCCUUUUUGGGGGAGUGCCAUCGGAGGGAGGGACUCUGCUGCAGGGAAAAUUUUGCAAAGAAGUGCAUCGAAUUUUUUUCUCGCUCUGAUCAGCAAUGGUAUGCAUCUUCUAUGCAUCUUCUUCUUUUUCGGGAGUGGCUUGCCUGUUCACGA